UGUAGUGUUCGCGUUUGCUUGAUUUUCUGACAGGAGCAUUAGAAAGGGAAAAAACAGCUGUUGGACGUUAUUUUCAUCUUUGUUAAGAUAUUGUUGAUCUCGCCAUGGAUGACUUACAAAAUUAUAAGUUACAGCUUCAACAGGUGGAAGCGGCGCUUACUACGGAUCCUACCAAUGAAGAACUCCUGAAAUUGAAAAUUGAUCUCGAGGAAGUAAUAGAGCUGACACAUGAUUUAAUUAAAUCACAACAGCAGGAAAAAAGGCAAGCCAAUGGCAUGGAUGCUAAAGAUCCUAUUUUACUUGCAGUUUUGGCCAAUAAGUGGAAGGUUGGUGAUCAAUGUAUGGCACCCUGGAGCGAGGAUGGCAAAUACUAUGAGGCAACCAUAGAUGCAAUAAGUGAAGAUGGUGUUGUCAACAUAACAUUUAACGAAUAUAAAAACACAGAUGUCACAAUGCUUAGUCAAUUAAAAUCUGUAGCUAAAAGGCCAGCGUCAGAUUGGGCAGAUCAAAAGUCUAAGAAAAGAAAAAUGCAAGCUGCUGCAGUAGCAGGUUCAGAUCCUAACAAACAAAGAGAAUAUCUAAAAAAAAAGAAACAGAGGAAACUUCAGCGAUUUAAGGAACUUGAAGAAGAGCGCGAAAUGGAGAAAAACAAAUGGCUAGCAUUUACAAAUAAAUCUUCUAAGAAAGGUGUGAUUAAGAAGAGUAUAUUUGCAACACCAGAAAAUGUAAAUGGUCGAGUUGGAAUCGGCACGUGUGGAGUAAGCGGUCGAGAAAUGACUAAGUUCAGUAAUGGUGAAAAAUGGAGAAGAGGAGCAUGAAUACUAUUGUAAAUAUGCAAUUUAUAAUAAUUCGUGAGAUAGAACUAUUGAUUAUUGUUAUUAUUCCGAUAAAUUUAAAUUUCGAGGAAACUGAACAAUUGUAUGUUUUGUGUUAUGAGAAUGUUUCCGAGUGUGUGAAUUGAAGAGAGUGUUUAGCGGUAUUUGUAGAUUGUGCGUAAUCAUUAUGUUACGAACGGAUAAUGACCUCAAAUAAAUCCGGAAAGUAUUUGGAUUUUCUACCUUUAUGAAGCGAAUGGUUGUUGUGAACGAAUGUAUUUCUAGAUUAAUACAUUUAUGUGGGUAUGACCUCGUUUGUAACCUGUAAUGGAUACGAAUAAAUGUAUAUUUUAAAGUCAGA